CUCUGUCUCUCUCUCUCUCUCUCUCUCUCUCUCUCUCUCUCUCUCUCUCUCUCUCUGUUUCAGUGUGCCUCUUACUCUCUCGCCCGCUCCCUGUCAGUCUCUCCUCUCUCUUCAGCAGAACACAAGUCUCAACAGACGGCAAAAUGCAUUUGGCAAAUUCUUUUAUCAAAGGCCUGGUUAAUGUUGUGAGCAACAUCGACCCGGCUCAGUUUAAGCCUUCAGCCCCUCCCCCUCCCCGCCGACCUUUGAACUUCGCAGAGUCUCACGAUACCGAAGAGGACAAACAGUUUCGUAGAGUUUUCCAACAGCUGGCUGGAGAUGACAUGGAGGUGAGCCCCACUGAGCUGAUGAACAUCCUCAACAAAAUCAUCGGCAAACGUGGAGACCUGAAGACGGACGGUUUCAGCAUUGAGUCCUGCAGGAGCAUGGUCGCUGUCAUGGAUAGUGACAGCACAGGUAAACUGGGCUUCGACGAGUUCAAAUACAUGUGGAACAACAUCAAGAGAUGGCAGGCUGUGUAUAUGAAAUUUGAUGCUGAUAGGUCAGGUACCAUCUCCUCUGACGAACUGCCAAAAGCCUUCCAUGCUGCAGGUUUCCCUCUGAACGACCAGCUCUACCAGCUGAUCAUCCGUCGCUACAGCGACGAGCACGGCACCAUGGACUUUGACAAUUUCAUUGGCUGCCUGGUGCGACUGGAUGCCAUGUGCAGAGCCUUUAAAACUCUGGAUAAAGACAACAGUGGCACCAUCGACCUGGACAUCAAGGAGUGGCUGCAGCUGACCAUGUAUUCAUGAGGCGGAGGCGGGAAGCUGCUCUUCUCUUCUUUCAUCUCAUCCCUUUCUCCCUCUCAUUACAUGUGUGCAAGAGCGUAGGUUUAGUUUCAACAUUGGGGGUGUGGGGGGGGGACACAUUAUAACCGGGGGGCUCUGGGGUUUCGCCCCCCAGAAAAGUUUGAGAGUCAAAAAACUUAUUUUCCUGCACUCAGAAAUAAAUCUGUAAAAAGUUCUGGCAGCUUAUAACUCAUGGUCCAAUUACAUAUUUAGAUUAUCACAAAAAA